AGAACUUCCGGCUGUCGAGUUCCUGGCUCCCCCCACGGAGCGGGGCGCGGGCGCUCGGAGCCGUGGCCCCGGGGCCUCCUGCCCGGAUAGUCCGGCUGCCGGCCCAGCCCCGCCGGUUCCCCUGGGGGUCGAGUCUGCGGAAGCCGGUGGUCAGCCGCCCCGCCAGGCCCGGGCGGAGCCGGCUGCGUGUGCGGCCGACGGCCCCUGCGGGCGGGGGCGAGGGGGGCCGCGACAGCUUUAGCCGCGCCGCGACCCCGCGGCCCCUGCGACAGUUAGUUCCGUAGAAACGUCAGACCCAGAGCCCCAAGUGUCACCGGUCACCUCGAGCCCCGCCCCCGCUCGGGCAGAGGGCCUUUCGCCGACCUCGUGGCCGGUUUCUGUGCCUGGCGGGUGCAGCGGGCACCUGAGGCUGCGCCCCCUUCCACGGGGUAGUCGGUCUCAAACCGAUAGAUGCGCACGAAAGCCCGAUCCCCCCGAAGGCCGAGCUCUCAGAGCGCUUCCCGGGCUGGCGGCUCUGUUUGCUGCCAACUUAACAGUGACAGGAGCCUGGCUGACCCGGCGCCCUGAUGCUCGCACACCCUUCGCUGCCGUCCUAGGGUAUCUGGGAGAAGAAGGCCCACCAUGUCCGGGUCUCGGGCCCCGGAGCCGGCCCUCAGCGUGCAGGGAGACUCCACCACCAGCACAGGGGACGGGGACGAGGACGAGGACGCUGCCCACGGGACCCAGCACUCCCACCGCAUGCUGAGCUUCAGCGACGCACUGCUGUCCAUAAUCGCCACCGUCAUGAUCCUGCCUGUGACCCACACGGAGAUCUCCCCUGAGCAGUUUGACAGAAGUAUCCAGAAACUUCUAGCAACCAGGAUUGCCGUCUACCUGAUGACGUUCCUCAUCGUGACCGUGGCCUGGGCAGCACACACGAGGUUGUUCCAGGUCGUUGGGAAGAUAGACGACACCCUGGCCCUGCUCAACCUGGCCUGCAUGAUGACCAUCACCUUCCUGCCCUACACGUUUUCCCUGAUGAUGGCCUUCCCGGAGGUGCCGCUGGGCAUCUUCCUGUUCUGUGUGUGCGUCAUCGCCAUCGGGGCCGUGCAGGCGCUGAUCGUGGUGUACGCCUUCCACUUGCCCCACCUCCUGAACCCCCAGAUCGGGCGCUCCGACCACCGGGGCCUCUACCGGCGCCACAUCCUGCACAUCGUCCUCCGGGGCCCAGCGCUGUGCUUCCUGGCCGCAGGCUUCUCCCUGUUCUUCUACCCGGUGUCGUACCUGCUGAUGGCGACGGUCAUCUUCCUCCCCUACGCCAGCAAGGCGGCCAGCUGGUGCAGAGGCCGGCUCGUGGGCCCCCGGGAGCCCCCGGCCCCCAGCGUGCAGUUCUUCACCUAUGACCUGCAGGAGCCGCUCAGCAAAGAGCGGGUGGAGGCCUUCAGCGACGGGGUCUACGCCAUCGUGGCCACGCUCCUCAUCCUGGACAUCUGCGAGGACAACGUCCCGGACGCCAAGGUCGUGGAGGAGAGGUUCCAGGGCAGCCUGGUGGCCGCGCUGAGCGUGUACGGGCCGCAGUUCCUGGCCUACUUCGGCUCCUUCGCCACCGUGGGCCUGCUCUGGUUCGCCCACCACUCCCUCUUCCUGCACGUGCGCAAGGCCACGCAGUCCAUGGGGCUGCUCAACACGCUCUCGCUGGCCUUCGUGGGCGGCCUGCCCCUGGCCUACCAGCAGACCUCGGCCUUCGCCCGGCAGCCGCGCGACGAGCUCGAGAGCGUGCGCGUCAGCUGCGCCAUCGUCUUCUUCGCCGGCAUCUUCCAGUUCGCCAUGUGGACCGCGGCCCUGCUGCGCGAGGCGGAGACGCUGCGGCCCUCGGCGCGGUUCGGGGGCCAGGAGCACGCCUUCAUGUGCGCCAAGCUGGCGCUCUACCCCUGCGCCAGCCUGCUGGCCUUCACCCUCACCUGCGUGCUGAGCAGGUUCAGCACGGCCAUCUUCCACAGCAUGCAGAUCGCCGUGCCCUUCGCCUUCCUGCUGCUGCGGCUCCUCGUGCGCCUGGCGCUGGCCCUCCUGCGGGCCCUGCGGGGCCUGGCCGCGCCCGCCCGGGAUACCGUGGACCCGAGGGCCCCACUGCUCCCUGCCCCCUGCUAGCACCGCCCCUGCCAGGACUCGGCUUGUGGGGACACGCGCCCAUCUGUGUCCCGGGCCCACCCAGGCUCGGGCGGCUGCGUGGGGCUGGCAGGUGGGUGUGCUGUGGCCCUGGGUCCUCAGUGCCAGGCAGGCCCUCCUGGGACCCCAUGGCCCAGCCUGGCCCACCCGCCCAACGUGCCGACCACCCUCCCCACAGUGGUGCCGACGCAGAGACAAGCAAGACGCAGCAGGCCGUGCCCAGACUGUAUUGCCAACCUACGUCAGGGCUGCAGGUCAGAUGUGGCACAGGAGGCACUGGUGCAAAGCCACAGACACAUCUGGGCACAGACGCACGGAGACAACAGGACAGCCAUCGCCCACGAUUUAGAGUCACAGCGGAGCCGCAGGGAGAGACUGAGGCACAGGACAGGGCAGGGGACGCGGCACACGGGACGAAGGCUGCUCAGUGCAUGUCAGUGCAGCUUUGGCAGAAGCUGGGGGGGGCACAUCUGAGGUUGAGGCCAAACCUCGGCAAAUAGCAGCAAAGGGACCGGCACAGGGCCGGACGGGGGGAAGGGCAUGGUCUGUGGUCCCCCUCUGGGGCCUCAGGGCUUCCCAGGCAGGGUGUUUGGUCAGGUUCCUCCGGGUGACCCAUGGCCCGGCAGCCACGCCCCUGCUGGGCCUGGACGUGAGGGGCAGGGGCUGCAGGGCCCGUCCGCGCCGGGAGGGCCACGUUCAUUGUUGGCGAACAACACAAAGUGCGAGUGGUCCCUGGUGAUUAAAGCUGGUUCCCCCACA